ACUUAUUCCAUGUGACUGAAGAGAUCUGUUUUCAUUGCAGAGCCGCGCUCCUAUCUCUGCCAAGUUGGUGGCCAACAUGUUGUCAGUAUCCGGCGCGGACCAUAUCAUCACUAUGGACUUGCAUGCCUCACAGAUACAGGGAUUCUUUGAUAUUCCCGUUGAUAACUUGUAUGCAGAGCCAGCGGUGCUGAAAUGGAUCAAAGAGAACAUCCCUGAAUGGAAAAACUGUACCAUCGUCUCACCCGACGCAGGAGGAGCCAAGAGGGUCACCUCAAUAGCAGACAGGUUGAAUGUGGACUUUGCUCUUAUUCACAAGGAGAGGAAAAAGGCAAAUGAGGUGGACCGCAUGGUUCUCGUCGGAGAUGUGACAGAUCGGGUUGCCAUUCUAGUUGAUGACAUGGCUGACACGUGUGGUACAAUCUGUCAUGCAGCUGACAAACUAAUUUCUGCUGGUGCCACCAAGGUGUAUGCCAUCCUAACCCAUGGCAUCUUCUCCGGCCCAGCUAUCUCACGCAUCAACAAUGCCUGCUUUGAAGCUGUGGUGGUCACCAAUACAAUCCCUCAGGAGGAGAAGAUGAAGCAUUGUCCCAAAAUACAGGUUAUUGACAUCUCCAUGAUCCUUGCAGAGGCCAUCCGUAGAACUCACAACGGCGAGUCUGUGUCGUACCUGUUCAGCCACGUCCCCUUGUAACAAAUAGUAUCUACCAUCUCCUGUGUGCUGUUACACCAAAUAAGAGAAGAGGGAAUUCCCCAACCCAAACACAACCAUUAGCAAAGCUGUUCUGCUAACUUACCAUGAAAAAACAAAACAAAAAAAAAACUGUCAUGUCUGUUACUAAUGCUGAUCCCACUCACUUGAGUCCCUUCCCUCUUGAGCGGUGUCCCUUCAUGUAUGGGGCACCAAAGCAAUUGCAAGCUACCAGUUUAGGCCAGCGUAUUUAUUGUACUCGGGUAAAUAAGUGUUUAUCCACUGUGAACUUUGUCCCCCCCUUUCAUAAAUCCAGAGUUUUCUCCUGACCACUUUCACCUCUCCAGAGUCAUUUCAAUCCUGUUGUCAAAGAGCUUAUAUAAAUAUCCCUGGCAGGUUCCAGUGGUCAGGAGAAGCGUCUGCCAUAUAAAGCUGUUACAGUGCUUUUUGUUACAAUGAACGAGUGCAGUUUUUCAUGUUGCUCUUGUAUCUUCUGCUGUUUGAAAGAUUAUAAUUAAUGAAGUGAAUGUGUAUUGAACUAGUUUACAGUGCCACUGAAGCUCCACUCAACCAAGAGUGCCUCAACAGUCUGAAAUAAAAUGACUUUUUUUCUUCCA